AUGACCCUUGUGAAAUAUGACCCUGCUCCACAAACUUAUUUAAGCUAUCUCGAUGUUUGCGAGCCGAUGGAUGUCGAAGCGUUAACGAAUCAUGCAAUUGAUGGGAAAACAAUUCACGUGUUGAUCAACAACGCAGGUCUAUCAAUGCGUGGAGCCAUAGAGGAUACUCCAAUAAAGAUCUACAAACAGCUUAUGGAUGUAAAUUUCUUUGGGCAUGUGGUGGUCACACAGAAACUGUUGGACACGAUCCCUGAUGACGGCUGCAUUAUUGCAACGAGUAGUGUGCAAGGAAAAUUAGCAAUUCCGUACAGAAGUGCUUACAGCGCCAGUAAACAUGCAUUCCAGGUGAGUCAGGUUAUAUCGGUUUUGUUGGGAAAGGCCGUGGCGUCAAAUUAG